AUGUCUGUUGCACUCUCGUACGAUGGUCGGCGUAUUGUAUCCGGGUCGUCGGAUAGAACGAUCCGUGUGUGGGAUACGGUGGCAGGACAGCAAUUGGGCUCUGCUCUCGAGGGACAUACACACUGUGUCAGGUCUGUCGCAAUCUCACGCGAUGGACGAUGUAUUGUAUCCGGGUCAUCGGACAGAACGAUCCGCGUAUGGGAUGCGGCGACAAGGCAGCAGUUGGGUCACCCUCUCAAGGGACAUACACACUUUGUUAGGUCUGUGGCAAUCUCUCGCGAUGGCCGACGCAUUAUAUCCGGGUCGAGUGACAACACGGUCCGGGUAUGGGAUAUGAUGACAGGACAGCAAUUGGGCUCUCCCAUCGAAGGUCAUACGCAAUGGGUCAUGUCUGUCGCAGUCUCGCACGAUGGCCGACGCAUUGUAUCAGGAUUGUCGAACAACACGAUCCGUGUAUGGGAUGCAGAGACAAGACAGCAAUUGGGUUCGCCUCUCGAAGGACACGCAGACUGGAUCAGGUCUGUUGCAAUCUCGCAUGAUGAACGACACAUUGUAUCCGGAUCUGACGACAAGACAGUCCGUUUGUGGGAUGCGGUAGCAGGGUCGCAAGUGGACUUACCUCUUGAGAGACAUACACAUUGGGCCAGGUCUGUUGCAAUCUCAGGCGAUGACCAACGCAUUGUAUCUGGAUCAAAUGACAAGACCAUCCGCGUGUGGGAUAUGGUGACGGGAUACCAAUUAGUUCCCCCUCUCAAGGGGCAUACAGAAACUGUCAGGUCUAUUGCAAUUUCGCAUGAUGGCCGAUACAUUGUAUCCGGAUCAGAUGACAAGGCAAUUCGUGUAUGGGAUAUGGCUACAGGACUUCAAAUAGUGCCUCCUCUUGUGGGGCAUGCACAUUGGGUCCUAUCUGUCACAUUCUCGCACGAUGGACGAUGCAUUAUAUCUGGAUCGUCAGACGGCACUAUCCGCGUGUGGGAUGCACAAAUGGGACGACAGCUGGGUUACCCUCUCAAAGGGCAUACAAAUUGGGUCAAGUCGGUUGCAAUAUCGCGCGAUGAACGACUCAUUGUAUCCGGAUCAGAUGACGAGACGGUUCGUUUGUGGGACGCAAUAACAGGACGACAAUCUGGCCCCCCUCUCUAUGGACAUACCCAACCCGUUUGGUCUGUCACAAUCUUGCACGAUGGACAGCGCGUCGUAUCUGGAUCAGACGACAAGACGAUCCGGGUGUGGGAUGCGAGGACAGGACAGCAAUUGGGCUCCGCUCUUGAGGGACAUACGCAUUGGGUCAGGUGUGUUACCAUUUCACAUGAUGGGCGAUACAUCGUAUCUGGAUCGAGUGACAACACGGUCCGUGUGUGGGACAUAAUGACAGGACAAGAAUUGGGCUCUCCUCUAGAAGGACAUACAGGCGGGAUCACGUCUGUUGCAAUCUCGCAUGAUGGCUGUAGCAUGGUAUCGGGAUCGAGGGACAGGUCAAUCCGUGUUUGGGACUUUGAGCUUGAGCUGCAAUCAAAGCGACCUCGGGAGAGUCGUACAGGCGUUGUUAGCUCUGUCAAUACCCCGACCUCGUAUGACGGCCGACACAUCGCGUCGGGAUCAUAUGAUUACGCUGUUAAGGGAGAAGCCACGCAGAGUGCUCUUCGCUUAAAUUCCGAUGCGAACGAGCACGUAGCAGCUGUGCCUGUGCAUCAUCCUAAGACUGGGUCAACAAAUGUGGGAUUCUUUGGUCAUCGUGCAACAUGUUUCUCAACAAAUCCCGCCCAUGCUUUUGGUUCGUUUUUACAAAGCUCAUCACUGCUUUCACGAGUCCCCAAUGGUGACGGUUGGGUGGUUGGCCCUGAUGGCGAGCUGCUCUUCUGGGUUCCAAUCCAUUCUCGGAGUACUAUGUAUGUUCCGGGAAACACCAUGGUGAUACCCAGCGGCUUGCAGCUUGAUCUGAGUAGCUUUGCUCAUGGGAAGUCAUGGUAG